AUGGCCCCAUCCGGUAGAAAUAAAACGACGCAAAACAAUGACAGCGAUCCUUCGGAACAAAAUGGUACCCAAACGCAAGAUACCAAUCAAAACGUUCAAGAGACUGGCGUUCGAAAACUGGUUUCGCUUCGACGUCAUCACGAAAUGGAGAUCAAUACUUUGAUCGACAUGCUCGAAAACAACAUCUACGAGGAAGAAGAUGAUCUUGAACUCAUCAAUGAAACGUUCACUGAAUUGUCUCAAUUCCAACAAAAACUUGAUACCCUGAACGAUCAAAUGUUACAGGCUGGUUCUGAACACGAUUUUGAAGAACAUUCUCACUGGACAGUACAGUUGAAACAGAAAAUCCGAGUAUUUUCAAUGAAAGUGAAAAAAUAUUUGAAAAAACAAGUAUCAAAUCCUGCUACUUCUACAAUUCCAAAUAACAGCGCUCAAGAAAAUGCUACUUCAAUUUUCCCACAGGAAACCGCAACCUCCAUGCCGACUGCAAACAUAAUGGAUAUACCAAACAACAACCUUAUAACCAUGAGCAACAAUACUCAAGGCAAUGCAAGAACAGCUGCCUCUGACGACAACCUUUCGGCGCCAUUUCAAGGCGACCAAUCAUUUUCAAAUCCAUUUGCUAGUGAUGUUCCUAACCACAGCUCACAACAAGCUAGUGCUGCAAACCCUCCUAACAACAACAAUCGAGCUUUGGCAACUAAUCCAAGCGACACUUCUACUACAUUCAGUCGAUCAGUGCCAAAACUGAAGCCUACAAUUUUCAAUGGCAAUCCAAACUAUUGGUUGCACUGGUAUGGUGUAUUCGUAUCAUCGAUUCAUAAUUCUAAUAUGUCUCCAACUGAAAAGAUGAUCCAUCUUCAAUCAUUGGUAACUGGCCCAGCUAAACUAAUGAUAGCUGGUUAUGGUGCAAACGGCGACACAUACGAACUAGCACUACAACGUCUUCGUGAAAACUUUGGCAAUACCAAUAGAAUUGUCAACUCUUUUUUGCAACGUCUUGCAAAUUUCAAACCUCCAAAUCUGGCUCAACCAGAAUCAUACAUGCAGUUUUCUGCUUUUCUCCUAACUUUAGUGGACACUUUUGAGCAACUUGGUUUUGUUCACGAUAUUUGUUCUACAACAAACUUGAACACUGCUCUGGCAAAGCUUCCCGACCCUGUGAGAUUAGAAUGGAAUCGCUUCGUCAUCGACAAAGACUACGAUCAACCCUCCUUGAGACAUCUAGCACAAUGGUUUCAACGGUACGCACAGGCGUGUCGCGACAUGCCUCCGACAGGUUUCCGAAACCAAAACAAUAACAAUUUUAACAAUUCUUCUGGAAACGCUAAACACCCUAGUGGUUCCCGUUUCAAUGGUUUUACUACAAAUGGUGUAGGAAAUCAAAAUCAGCGCUUUAACCAUCAGGGAGAUCAACAAAACUCUCGUGCUCAGAAUAAUGUAAACUCGAAUGCUUGUCCUAGUGGAGACACCUGUGGACCUCUCUACAAAUGCGAGCACUUCAAAGCCUUAGACCCUAAGCAACGAAAAGAGCAUGCCCGAAAAAUGCACUUAUGCUUUAACUGUCUAGGGAAUCAUAGGUUUACUGACUGCAAUUCGAAAUCGCUCUGUCGAACCGAUAAUUGUGGUAAAAAACACCACACUCUACUCCACGAUCCUUCUGAUACUUAUGGAAAAAACCCUAGUAAAGCUGCAGUGAAUCGCGCAAUAGCUUGUCAGAGAUCAGAUAGUGGUAGCUGCGUAACUCUACUACUGGACUCAGUGGCAACUCAACUAGGCUUGGACGUCAACAAGAAGCACUCACUUCCCAUAUCUGGAUAUCAUGAGACCAAGUCAGUUCAAGUUACAUCUGUGGAUGUACAAAUUAGACCAUACAAAAGCACAUCGACUCCAAUGACGCUCGAUGACGUACUCACGGUAGAUGAAAAUAAUUUGGCCCCAGUUGAUAUUUUUCAACUAAACGCAAUGUGCAACAAUUUUCCACAUUUAAAGCAUGUUAAAUACCCGGACUUAAACGACAAUAGCAUAUCGCUAGUCAUCGGAAACAACAAUCCAGAAUAUCAUGAGAUCAAAAAUACCGUUUAUGGCCCCAAGAAUGUUCCCUGGGCUAUCGAAACCCUUUUGGGAUGGACAUGCACAGGUCGGAACAAAACGCAAUAUAAUUCCGUUCCAUCUGUUCCGGUGAACUUCACACAAGUUCAUUCACACAAUAACUUAGAUGAAAAAUUAUACCAGAAAGUUCUCAACUGGAUGAAAAUAGAAAACACAGGCAUCGCUUCUUCAAAACGCUCGCACUCCAAAUCGGAUAAAAGAGCAAUCGAUAUUCUCGAAAACUCUUGUACUUUAGUAGAUGGUCACUAUCAAAUUGACCUUCUUUGGAAAGAGGAUACUGAUCUUCCAAAUAACCGUUGGCUAGCUGAAAAGCAACUCAACAGCCUCGAAUUUCGCCUUAAAAUUAAACCUGAUUUAAGGGAGAAAUACCGCGCAACAGUCAUCACUGACUUAGAAAAAGGCUUUGUCACCAAAAUAGAUGCAAAACAUGACACUGCAAUCAAAUCUUGGUAUUUGCCGCAUCAUCCAGUGACAAAUGUCAACAAACCAGACAAAGUUAGACGAGUCUCAAAUGCUUCCAGCAUUUUUCAGGGUAAAUCCCUCAACUCGAGUUUGCUCAAAGGGCCCGAUCUUUUGUGCAACUUAACAGGUCUCAUAAUUCGCUUUCGACAAAAUAAAAUAGCAAUAUCUGCUGACAUAGAUGCUAUGUUUAUGCAAGUGCUAGUCAGCCCAAAGGAUAGACCUUUUCUAAGAUACCUUUGGAAAGAAAAUGGUAAAUUAGAAACUCACGAAUAUACACGACACAUUUUCGGUGCCACAGACUCACCAUGCGUGGCUUGCUACGCAGUACGACGAUGUGCAUCAGACAGUAAAAACGACUUUCCUCUGGCUUCUGAAAUCAUUCAACGGAAUAUCUACAUGGAUGAUUUGUAUGUCACUUCGUCAACGGUAGAAGAAGCCCUCCAACAAAUGACACAACUACGAGGAUCUUUAUCUCGAGUCAGCCCUAAUGAUCCAACGCCUAAACAUCAACGAGUUCUCGGUGUUCACUGGAAUACCAACACUGACUGCUACUUCAUCGAUAACAAAAAGUUUGUAAAAAUUCUACGUAUUGGCAUUGCUACGCAACGGAAACUCCUGAAGUAUACCGCUUCUUUAUUUGACCCACUCGGAAUAGUGGCUCCAUUGACAAUUCGGAUUCGAAAAGUUCUCCAAUCUGUUUGGUCACAAGGUGUUAAGUGGGAUACUCCAUUAGACACGGAUAAACUUCCCGAUUUCAAACUUUGGGUAGACGAAAUGGAAAAUUUCGAAACUGUUUCAUUCCAAAGGAACUUCUUUGAUAAAGAAAACCCUGCUUCAAUCCAGCUUCACACGUUUUGUGAUGCAUCAGAAUUCGCUCUCGCUGCUGUUUGCUACCUAAGAAUAGUCUACAGCGACGGCUCCACAUCUUUGAAGUUUAUAAUAGGAAAGACAAGAGUCGCUCCUAUGAAACGUGUUACAAUUCCCAAUCUCGAGUUGCAAGCUGCAGUAUAUGCUGCCCAACUAUCGCUCUUUGUUUCAGAGGAAAUUGACCUCAAAGUUGAAAAAACUUAUUUCUGGUCUGACAGUACUACUGUUUUGUAUUGGCUGCGAACACCUGAAAUACGACACAAAAUUUUCGUCGCUAAUCGGCUUCAGAAAAUUUUAGACGUUUCUAAACCUGAACAGUGGUUUCACGUUCCAACUCUGCUAAAUCCUGCUGACGACGGUACCAGAGGAUACAUUGCUUUAGAAAUGACCUCAAGCUGUCGGUGGCUACUAGGACCGGAAUUUCUGUUGAACGAUUCUUCUCAAUGGCCUUCACAGGAAAACAUUCGGCUUGAGAACAUUCCUGUAUUCGUUACUUCAUUAGAGUCUAAAUUUGAGCCUAUAUUUGACAUCAAACGCUUCAGCAACUGGAAAAGACUAAUACGGACAGUUGCAUACUGCUUCUUAUUCGCAGAAAAUCUCAAACGGAAGAUCAACAAACAGUCGAAGGUCGAUCUUCAACUCUUGCAUCUAACGAAAUCGCACUUUCUCAUAAUUAAAACUGCCCAAAGGACAGAUUUUGUCUCUUAA